ACGUUCCGCAAUGACGUCAGCCGCCCUCUGCAGUUCGUCGGAUGGAGCCGCGAUCCAGCUGGUGAGGACGACGCUGCAGCCGCCGCGCGCUGCCGAAUGUUCCGAGCGACCAUCUCGGCUGGGAAAAUAGCGGACGGAGCGGCCGUGGAGAUACAGCCAGACGGAGCGGCCCCCAGUCUUCCAGCUCCAUGCCAUGUCUUUGUAUAAGACCUCGGACCAAGCCAACGACAACACCCGUGUGACCUCCAUCUCUGCGCUGACCCUUGAUCUGUGCUCCCCACACAGUGCACUGAUUGACACUGAUCUGAGCAAGAAGACCAAGACCAGAGUCCCCAACUCCUCACCCAAGAGCCGGCGUAUUUACGCUUCUGUCACGACUUCAGAGCUACUCAACGGCACCAUGGUUGGAGUGGAUGAUGAUGCAUUGAGUCAGCGCCGGGAGGGUGGACGGUCUCGGAACCAGGAGAAUGACCAAGGUCGUCGGCCAGUGUCUGACGGCUGCAUCGGCAGCAACACUAAGCGUGUCAAAGAGGGCCGAAACCAGCUGCGCAAGGUGGCUGAGAAGAAGCAGGACCAGAAUCGUAAUCCCAGCCAAAUCGAAAACCAGAACUGGAACCUGAGCCCCGACCAGAACCCUAAUCAGAACCUUCCGCUUAAUGAGGAGCUGAAUGGUGAGGGGAAAACUUUGAGGUCACUGUGCCCUGAUUUGGAGUUGGAGGCAAAGAACGCCGCAAAUGAGCCACUGCUCAUUGAUACCUUGGAGGUGCCCAGGGGCAAAGAGGAAGGCCAUGAAGAAGAUGAAAAGGAGGAAGCUGUGGAAGGGGAGGACGAGGCUCAGGCUCCGCUCGGAGGGGAUAAGGACACAGACUCUUCUUCAGAGACUCAAAGCAAUAGCGAGUCUCGGAAGGAGUUUUCUGGGGGUUGCAAGAGCGCUUGCCUGCUCUUUCAGGGCAGGAAUGGGGACCCCACUGAUGAGGACUCCAGCUGGACCUCUCUGUCCCAAGGUAGCACGGCCAACAGCACCCCCGAUGGAGAGACUGAACCAUACUGGGAUCGCAGCGCCUUUGAAACGGAUACAGACCUACCGGCAGGCUGGAUGCGCGUGCGGGACACCUCCGGCACCUACUACUGGCAUAUUCCCACUGGUACCACCCAGUGGGAACCGCCCUCGCCCCUGGAAGAGGGUGAGGCUCCUGAGAGGCCCUCCAGCACCUCCCCAGGAGCCACACCUACUGAGGAACCACAGCUGACGUGGAACGGCCCAUCACGCCCCAACAAGUUUGACGAGGAUGCUGACCUAUGGAAGGAGGAAGAUGCAGCCCCUGACCAGAGCUUGAAGGAGUUUGAGGUAGCCGCUUUAAGGUAUGCCUCCAUCAAUCUCAGCUGCCCGCAGACAGAAGGUGAAGAGAAGGCAGCAUCUUUCAGCACUGAUCUCGGGGCCAAGUGCUUUGCAGUGCGGUCACUGGGCUGGGUGGAGAUCUCCGAGGAGGAGAUGGCUCCGGGCAAGAGCAGCGUUGCCGUCAACAACUGCAUCCGCCAGCUGUCCUAUCACAAGCACAACCUGCACGACACAGCUGGCAUGUGGGGAGAGGGAAAGGACAUGCUCCUGGUUCUGGAGAACGAGACGCUGAACCUGAUUGACCCCCUGAGCCAGAACCUGCUGCAUUCUCAGCCAAUCGUCAGCAUCAGGGUGUGGGGCGUCGGCCGGGACAAUGGCAGGGACUUUGCAUAUGUGGCCCGGGACAAGCUGACACAAGUGCUGAAGUGCCACGUGUUUAGGUGUGACACGCCAGCCAAGAAUAUCGCCACCAGUAUGCAUGACAUCUGCUCCAAGAUCAUGGCUGAGAGGAAAUCGUCCAAGUCAUGCGUGAGCAGACUGAGCAUCGAUCCUUCUAAACUGGUAGACAUUCCUUUCCAGGAAUUCCCUGCACCUAAAAAUGAGCUGGUCCAGCGCUUUCAGGUUCGUUACCUCGGUAAUGUGCCAGUGGCCAAACCCGUAGGUAAGGAAAACUUUGGUAUGGAUAUGGUUAACGUUGCCCUGGAGACGGUGCUGAACACCACAGAGAAACAUGAGUGGAAGUGCGUGACUGUGAACGUGGCCUCGGCCACCCUGACCAUCCUUAGUGCAGAGACGGACGAAGUUCUGUCAGAGUGCAGGGUCCGCUUCCUGAGCUUCAUGGGCGUGGGGAAGGAUGUGCACACCUUCGCUUUCAUCAUGGCCCAGGGUCCGGGAGACUUCAUCUGCCACAUGUUUUGGUGCGAGCCCAACGCCGCCAGUCUGUCCGAGGCAGUGCAGGCUGCCUGCAUGCUGCGCUACCAGAAGUGUCUGGAUGCCCGGCCCCCCAGCACUAGCUCCUGCCUGCCGGGCCCCCCCGCAGAUUCCGUGGCCCGGCGCGUCGGCUCCAGCGUCAAAAAGGGGGUGCAGACCCUGCUGGGCUCUUUCAAGCGGGCCGGGGCUCAGACGCCCUAAGGGAAGUAAGGCAUCGCAUGCCCCCCCCCUCCCCCCUGCCAAACCCCACCCCUACGCAGCUACUUCCCUCUUGUUGACUCCACCCCGCAUCUGCCCCCUCCUUGCAGGCAGUAUUGUGUAUGUGUGUUUUUUUAUUAUAAUUAUUUAUUGUUGCCUUUUGGUGGGGUGAAUGUGGCAGAUCACACCUGUACAUGUAGUGCUCUGUGUUCUGCCAAAUGCAACAUCUGAUGUAAAUUUGUUGGCUUGUGUUGGAGACUGUUUUUCCUGGCCAAACUGAUGUGGCACAUGGGCUAAAAACAAAUGUUAUCAGUCUAGAUAUUGGGGUGGGUAUAUAACUACUGAGAGUGUCUGCACUCGGAUCCCAGGACGUCCACUGAAUCCAGCCCCAUCGGUGUACUGUCACAUUCUUUGCCCUGUCGUACAUCGGAGUCCUCCGCAAAUCCCAGCAGACUGUAACAGUGCGGCGUGAUUUGGACACCAUGCAAACUUCACUCUUUAUUCUUUUAAGCAUAAGCCACGGAUUAGCCUUAUUAUAGCUCCUUUCUAAACGUUAUGGUGUAAUACUGCCACCUGCUGGGCCAGCAUGUAAAUAUUUUUAAAAAUGGUAGAAUCGGCAGCAAGUCCAAGUGUCCGAUCUGAGUGGCUCAUUUGCCCCUCUUCCAAAGUCUUUAGCUGCGGACCAACAGAUGACUUCAGUUUGAUUUAUUGGUGCACUGUGGCUUUAUAUAUAAAUAAUAGUUUUAUUUCAUUUUGUUUGUGAAUAGCAGAGAUCUGUAUAAUGUAGUCUUCCAAAUGUGUGACUUCACCCCGUGCAUGGAUUUGAAGUGCACUGUGCCAGUCAUUCUUGUGGAGUUGGCAUCGAUAUUUCGAGUCGAGUUCCAUGCAUGCAAUAAAUAGAGGCGAGGAUGUGUGCGUUGCGAGAGAACAGGAGGGAUUCCGAGAGUUUAGGAGAACAGCCUAUGUUCUGCACUGUAUGAGUCCUGCCAAGUUAUGGGUCCAAUUCAUUUGAACUUGGUGCUUCAGGGGCACUGAGGGGACACCUGCAGAAGGGUGUGUGUCACAGUCUGCACCAUCAUGGUGUCUGCUGCGAGUUCCUCUGCCCCCCCCGCCCCCACCCUUUUCACCUUUUGCAGACGGGGAGGUCGUCUUGUACAGGUACUGCUGUCCUAUUGCUUCGUCAUAUGCGUGCUCCAUAUCGCUGUAUACAUUGCUCUGCGGCUCCCUCUAGUGGUCAUACCGCGGCUACCCGCUGUACGUGGAUAAACAUCCAGCAGACGCAGAACGCCGUUUCUCCGUUUCCACACCCCCACCCUCGUGCCGUCUCUUUGACUGAUAGUGAGCCUUGAAACAGCCGCACAUUACUUGGCACUCGCACUCAUAGCUGUGGGGGCGCGUCAGGCCUGGGUUACCUUUGCAAGGUGCUCUGAAGCACUGGAACAUUAACUGGCAGUGACAAGUAGCUUGAAUCUGUUUUAGUAACUUAUAGCGUUCACUAUUUGGUAAGUCAAAAAUGUAACUGAAAUCAAAUAAGACCAUAUAACACUAGUGUAAUACAAAAAACACGUAGCUCACUAGGGUCACUAUUGUAAAUGUUGACGUUAGUAACUCAGCGAUUGAAAAGGUCAGAUCUAUGGUCAGUCUGUGACACAGUCUAUGGGGAGGAUAGACUUUAGGUCGAGACACUGGAGCAAAUGCUUCCCUUUCAUUCUCCACUGCUCAUCUCUUCUCACACUUAAUACUAAUGAUACAUGUGCGUGUUAAUAUUAAUGUCUUUCAGAGAUAAUGUUUAGAAACUGGAUUUUUAAAGUAAUACUUUAAGGUCGUAGAAAACUCUAGAUCAACGUGAUGCUUGAAGUGAGUUAAAAAAAAAAUUCUGUAAGUCUUGUAGUCAAUUUUAAAACUUAAUAUAAAUUCUGAGCUCAGAGUUGUAAUGCAAGAAAGCUUUUGAUUUAUAAAGGAUUGUUUUUAUUUUUAAACUGUACAUCAGGUGUAAUGUAUAUACAUGUAUAUUAAUGUGUCAUUGUACAAAAUUAAACACAUAAACACUA